AUGCCUGAAGAGAUCAUCGAUUUAAAUGCAAUAGUUGUUAAUCGUCAACCAAUUAAUCCAUUAAAUACGCCAAAAGAAGUAACAUUUAAUCAAGUGCAUUCAAUAUUAUAUGGAGAUCCAUCAACAAAAUUAAUCUAUGAUAGUGCUCAAAAAUAUUUUAAUAAAGCAUUUGAUCCAUCAUAUCCAAAUACAUCUCUUAAAAAAGAACUUUUUAGUUUAAUUAUUCAAAAGAUUCAUGCAUCAUUAAAACUUCAAUUUGUUGUUGAAAUUGGAUCAUUUACAGGAAAUUCUGCUUCGAAUAUAGGAAAUGUUUUAAAAAAGUCAUAUCCAGGAUCAUUUCUUUUAUGUAUUGAUACUUGGCUUGGAGAUUUGAAUAUGUGGGUAAAUAAAGGUGUUUGGCAACAUUUAUCAGUAAGUGAAGAUGGUCGACCAACUGUUUAUUAUCAGUUCCUUACAAAUAUUGUAAAACAAAAUUUAACUAAAAUAGUUCUGCCAGCAUCAAUGACAUCAAUAAUUGGUGCACGCUUUCUUCAAACAUAUCAAUUUCAUCCACAAGUUAUUUAUCUUGAUUCAGCACAUGAACAAGGUGAAACAUUAAUUGAAUUAUCAUUAUAUUGGAAUUUGUUACAACCUGGUGGAAUUCUUAUUGGUGACGAUUGGUCAUGGCGUUCAGUUCGAUGUGAUGUUAAAAAAUUUAGUUAUAUGAAAAAUUUAACUAUACAACAUGUUGAAAAUACUUGGGUUAUUAAAAAACCAAUAAAUUAA